AUCGCAGAAGGCCGUCCGGUGGUCUAUCCGCCCGCUUUCAUCCUUCCAUAUAGGGCGAACAACAAUGGAGAGUCUGUACUGGUCUAAUACCUCGAGAAUCGACGCGCUCCCGCAGACGGAAAGAAAUAAGAUUUGGUCCAGUAACCAAACCUUGUAUAAAAGUCCAAUCACCGGUUCCUGUCCAUGUCCCACUUGUUUGAACCUUGAGCUGCCAAUGCGAUGACGUCCGACCCCCGCCCAAAACAAGAUGGGAAUACAGGGUCGACAUGUCGCGCAAACUUAUCGCCCGCUCAAGUCAUUGCGGAAGCGUGGCGACGCGAGUCUCCGCAAAGUCAAGAAUUUUGGCGGCAAGCAGAGGCAAAACGCAAAGAACUCUACACAGUACCCAGAUCACAUAACCCGCGGGGAAAGAUGUAGUAGGGUCCGUAUUUUGAUGGGAUGACCGUUGACAGUUAUUCGCAUUCUGAGCACAUAUACUCAUUACUUUGGACGAUAUCAAUUGUACGAUUAAAUAGAUGCAUUACAGAUGGGCCGAAGGCUACCGGACAUGCCUGGGAGGUGACAGAAAGCUACAGUACUAAUUGAUACGUACUUAGCACACUCACAAUACAUAGGUCAAGAUUAUGGUCCCAACGUUGAAGGGAUCUCGGUUUCAACAGUUGAUCUUAUUUCCGUUUCAUUGUCACCAUCGUCCUCGUCGCAAUCCUCCUCAUAGUCCUCUUCCUGUUCUUCCAAUGCAGCCUCUGCUUCUGCCUGUGCUUGAGCUGCAGAUGCAGCAUUAGCAAUUGCCUGCUCCAAAAGUCGCGCUUGUUCUUCCGAAAGACCAUAAAGUGAUA